UGGGGCAGAGGGAAGAUUAGGUAAUGCAGGAGGGACAGGGACAGGGUCAGGGACCCUCCAUCAAUCUUGCACAACACCUCUGCUGCAUGAUUUAUUUUUAAUCCUGUUUAUAGAAAUCAUCUUGGCUUUGUUUUGCAGCUUCCAUUUUUUUCCCUAUGAAAAAGAUGUGUUUUGCCCUGUGAGAGAGUUUCCUGAUUGUUUUUUUUUUUUCUUCUAACUUAUAUCAUCUGCAGAUUUGAAGAGGAUUCCAGUCUUGUGACCCACAGCAGUCGCUCUCCUGAGGAAAAUCCAGUUUCCUGUGCUACCACCCCAACCUGAAAACAUGGAGAAGUUUGUAUCAGAAAGGCCUAUUCCUGUGUCUAAGAAUGAAAUCCCUACUGCUUCUUCCCUGAAGAAGCUAGAUACAAACUCAUGCCCUCAUGCACCUGCCAAAUAUUUUACCUCUGGUGGGGUGGACGCUGAGAACUGCAAGGCUAAUGAGAAGGAAAGGCAGUGGAUUCGCCCUGAUACACCCAGCAAGUGCACCUGGAAGCUUGGGAAACCCCUCUCUGCCUCCCCCCAUCAUCAUACCACCCUGCCAGAGCCUCCAAAGAUCCUGCCAAACAUCCUGAAUAAAGUUGGGAAUACACCUAUGGUGCGGAUCAACAAGAUUGGGAAGCAAUUUGGGCUCAAGUGUGAACUCUUGGCCAAGUGUGAGUUCUUCAACGCCGGGGGCAGCGUGAAGGACAGAAUCAGCCUCAGGAUGGUGGAGGAUGCUGAGAGGGCUGGGAUCCUGAAGCCUGGGGACACCAUCAUAGAGCCAACCUCUGGCAACACAGGGAUCGGGCUGGCCCUGGCGGCGGCAGUGAAGGGUUACCGCUGCAUCAUCGUCAUGCCAGAGAAAAUGAGCAUGGAGAAGGUGGAUGUCCUGAGAGCUCUGGGUGCUGAGAUUGUGAGGACCCCAACUACAGCCAGAUUUGAUUCUCCUGAAUCUCAUGUAGGAGUGGCCUGGAGGUUGAAGAAUGAAAUCCCCAAUGCACACAUCCUGGACCAGUACCGCAAUGCCAGCAACCCCCUGACACACUAUGACACCACAGCUGAGGAGAUCCUGCAGCAGUGUGAUGGAAAGGUGGACAUGGUGGUGGCCACGGCUGGCACAGGAGGUACAAUCACUGGCAUCUCCAGGAAGCUGAAGGAGAAGUGCCCAGGGUGCAAAAUUAUAGGUGUGGAUCCUGAAGGCUCCAUCCUUGCUGAACCAGAAGAACUGAACAAGACUGACAAGACAAUGUAUGAAGUGGAAGGAAUUGGAUAUGAUUUUGUCCCCACAGUGCUGGAUAGAUCUGUAAUGGACCAGUGGUACAAGAGCAAUGAUGAGGAGUCCUUUGCCUUAGCACGGAUGAUGAUCCGCGAGGAGGGGCUGCUGUGUGGUGGCAGCUCGGGCAGUGCCAUGUCUGUGGCUGUGAAGGCAGCCAAGGAGCUGAAGGAGGGUCAGCGCUGUGUUGUCAUCUGCCCUGACUCCAUCAGGAACUACAUGUCCAAGUUCUUGAGUGACAAAUGGAUGAUUCAGAAAGGGUUCAUGAAAGAAGAAGACCUUGGCAACAAACCUUGGUGGUGGAACAUCAGUAUUCAGGAGCUGAGCCUCUCUGCCCCCCUGACUGUGCUUCCAACUGUUACCUGUGCCAAGACUGUGGAAAUUCUCCGGGAGAAGGGAUUCGACCAGGUACCAGUUGUUGAUGAAUCUGGGGUGAUUCUGGGCAUGGUUACCCUGGGUAACAUGCUUUCCUCACUGCUUGUUGGAAAAGUUAAGCCUUCUGAUGAAGUCAGGAAAGUAAUCUACAAGCAAUUUCAACAGAUUAACCUGAAAGACAACUUGGGGAAGCUCUCUCACAUCCUGGAAAUAGACCACUUUGCCCUGGUGGUUCAUGAACAAAUUCAAUAUCACACAGAUGGCUCCUCCAGCAAGCGGCAGAUGGUGUUUGGCAUCGUCACAGCCAUCGACCUCCUGAACUUCGUGACCGCGCGGGAGCGGGAGAGGAAAUCCAACUAAAGCCAAGCAGCCACGUGGAGCCUCUUCAACAUUUUCCAGCCUCAAACAAAGAAUCAGGUUUAUGUCUUGAGUAGAUUUUUUUUGUUUGUUUGUUUUGGUUUGGUUUGUUUUUUUUUAAAUUCUGACAAUAAGCAGUUAGCUAUCCUGGUGUCAGCUAUCCAGACAAUGUGUCUUGCUGUAUUGCCCAGCUUCUGGGAAUGGUUUCUUAAUCAGGUUAAGAAGUAUUUCUUAUCAAGACAAUUUAUUUUUUUACCUAUAGAUAUAUAUAUAUGUGUGUGUGUAAAAAAUAUUGCCUAAAUUAACUGGUUUGUUCCUUACUUAUGUCUAAAGGCUGGCUUUCCAAAAUGUUGUUUCAGAAUCAUGAAAGAUACAGAAAUAAAGAGUUACUGAAGCAGACGCCCAAGAGAGCUUUGGAAAGUUCUGGAUUCUUUUUUCCCCCCACUCAAGGGUGUUAAGUUAGAUAUUACCUGUGUAGAGACAAAAUUGGGACUGGGCUGUGGGUAGAAGAAAGGAGGGUUUCCCUUUUGGUGGCAAAAUUGUAAAACAAGAGGAAAUCCUUAGGGCUGAAGCUCCAACCAUCUGCUCUGGGGGAAAGCUGUUUUGAGCAGAAGCAUGGCAGUGAAGUGACAAACAUAAACCAGUGACACUGGUUUACACAGUGCACCAGCAUUCCCUGCCAUGACAGAUCUAUUUUUUUUUCCCAAUGGUAUCCUGAUAAGUAAGCACAAGUGGAAAGAUUUAAAAGGUAAGAUCAAGUGUCUUACCAAAUGUUUUGUUUUAAAUCAUAUUGUUUCAUCCAUUACCUUCUUCCUCCCUCCCCACUCUCUUAUUUAUCAGAGUGCCUUUUUUGUGCCUGUUUCAGAAGAGCCAAGGAUUAUCUGUCAAGAACUGUGAACUCUUCCAAGUCUUGUUCAGGUACUCCCACCCUGUAGUGCCUUAUCCCAGGAGAAAAGCCUGCAUUGGCUACCCUUUUCAGAUUAAAGCUCUCUCUGAAGGAAAGUGACCCAUCCUUGCCUUAAACUUUGGUUUGCCAUUAAAUUCAUACACUUCUUUAAGAUUUAAGACAACUUUUCCCAAGGCUCUUCUUUUAUUUUUUCCCAAGGAAAAAAAAUACUAUAAAUCUAAAAAUGUACAACUUCAAUAGUAAGUGGAAGGUUCUAAAAGGUGAUUUUUCUGUCAUUGUAGAUGUCACUGCUGCUAGAUUUUGACAUUACUUGGAAUAUUUACUGGCUUUUAUCUGAUCUUUUUUUCCCCCAAUU